AUGACAAUUAAAAAGAUUAUUAUUUACUUAUUAAUGUUGAUUCUUGUUAAACAAUGUGAAGGACAGGCAAGACUUACAGAUGUAACAGUAGAUAAGGUGAAUACCAACUCUGUUCAGAUGUCAUAUGGUUGUUUUGAUGCGGUUAACCCCAGGUACAGUUUUACUUAUCCAAAUGGAACCCCAGUUACUGUUGAUCCCUCAUGUAUAACCUCAACUACUUGUCUUAUUGUGGGAUUAGUGCCAGCUACUCAAUAUUCUAUUGAUGUUUGUUGUUAUGACGAUGGUUCAUAUUGUCAAUUCGGUAUACUGAGAAUUCCGUUUGUUACUUACGCCGAGAUAUCGUUACCACAGAUUACAUUCAAUUCUAUUUUAAAAAAUGGAGUGAAUAUGUCAAUUUUUACUCCGGGUGGCAUUCCUGAUCCUCCUACAACCUACAAAAUAUAUGCCAAUGGAACUGCUCUCUCAGUUUUAAACUCUUAUUCUUCCUUUGUAGUUAAUACUCUACAACCAUCGACUGGAUAUUUUAUUGAAGUUCAAGCAUUAAAUGAUAACGACCAAAGGAAAUCUAGUUUUUAUGCAGUUACAUAUGGCAAUCCAGAAGUUGCAAUUUCUUUAUUAAAUUCUACUCUGAACUCAAUGGCUGUGUCAUAUUUAUCAACAGGAGCUAUUGUUGGAAUGUUAACUAAUUAUACUGUAAAGUAUAAUAAUAUUGGUGUUCCUGGAUGUAUAAAUAUAUAUAAUACUCAAUGUAUUAUAAGUAAUUUAUCUUAUAAAACAAAUUAUUCAAUCAACGUAAUAUCUUACAAUCAAAUUAAUUUUGCAAGUGGAGUCCAAACAUUUUCAACUCAAGCUUACCCUGCAAUCUCAAACUUAACAUUAUCAUUAGUCAACAAAACAACUACAACCAUUACCGUACAAUAUGAUUCAUUGAAUGGAUUUCCGGGUCAAACAUUAUAUUUCGUUGAUGUUCAUGGUGUUCUUAAGUGUCCAAGUUCAAAAGAUAAAAUAUGUUUUGCAAGAAAUUUACAACCUGGAUUUCUCUAUAAUUUCCUUGUAAAUGCAUCAAAUGACGGAAAUAGUAUUUCUGUUAAUGACAACUUUUCAACUUUUUAUCAAAUAUCAGGUCUAUAUUUUGCUUCAAAUCAAAGUACAACCUCAAAAAUCUUAAUUGUUUAUAAUUCAUUUUCUGGAAUUCCAGGUGAAUCAUAUUAUACUACCAAAGUUAAUGGAACACCAUAUCCAGUAUGCCUAAAUGUAAAAACUAUUUCUUGUGAAAUUAUGAAUCUUCAAAGUGCUACUAAAUAUAAGAUAGAAGUUUUUGCAACCAAUGAUGGAACUACAAUAUCAAUUUCAAAAGAUAUUUAUACUUUGAACGGAGUUAUUAUAUCUGAUAUCAAUGCAACAGUAAUCACAACAAAAACAAUGUCUCUUUCAUUUGGAUCAUAUUUUGGGGUUAUUGGUCUAUCGAAAUUUACAGUCACUAUCAACAAUACAGUAAUUCCAAGUUGCUCUCAGAUUUCAACAAUAACUUGUGAUUUAGCAAAUUUAACACCUGGAACUGCAUAUGAAAUCAAAGUAUCAGUUUUAAAUGAUGGAACAUCAAAUGAGAUGACAAAAAUAUUCAAUACAUAUUCAAUAGUUUCAAUCCCAAUCAUUACAGUUCAUCAACAAUUAAAUCAAACUCUAUUGAUUAAAUAUUCAACAAGUGGAGGUGUUCCUGGAAAUUCACUUUAUACAACAUCAAUCAAUGGUUCAGAUAUUUCUGGUUGUGUUAAAAAUAGUUCGCUUCAAUGUCUAUUCAAUCCUUAUCAAUUAGGAUAUAUAUAUUCAAUAACAGUGCUGGUUGAGAAUGAUGGAUAUAGUCAUAAAUCGUUUUUCGAUUUAAAAAUUUAUGAUUAUCCAACAGCAGUUAAUAUUAUAAAUAUUGUUCCAACAUCCAGAAAUAUUUCAAUUGAAUGGACAGAGAGUCAAGAAGGUGUUCCUAACAAGUCAAUAUAUCAAGCAUCGCUUUCAAAUGGAGAUGGAGUUAAUUUCCAUGUAUUUUGUAAUAAUAUAACGAAUAUAUUGAAAUGUAGUUUCCCAAAUCUCAUUCAAAACACAACAUAUUCAUUGAGAGUAUCUGUUUUGAAUACUAAUUUCGAUGCAGUUAACACAACAAUUAAAGUUAAAACAUUAAAUGAUGGAAAUGAAUAUUGUAGCAAAUCAGGAAGCAUGGAAUGUAAUGGUAAUGGUAUUUGUUCAAAUGGGAAUUGUAAUUGUUUAACAGGAUGGAUUGGUCAAUAUUGUGAGAUACCAAAUAAUUUAGAUAAUAAUAAUCCACCUAUCAUACUUCCAAAUCCAAUAUCACCAGGAGUGAUUAUCGAAGAGAAAGGAAUCACUUAUUCAUUUUCAAUUAGCGAAAUCAAAGAAAUCGAUUCAACUUUAUCAACAAUUAAAAGGUUGAAUAUUUCAUCUUUACAAUGGAAUUUAACAAAGAGUAAUGAUAGAAAUAUAAGUACUUCAAUCAAUUUAAUGGUAACAGAGAGAUCAUGGCAUUAUUCAGUUUCAAUUGAAAAUCAAUAUUUCCAAUCAAUCAACAUAUCAUUCUACCAAUAUUUAUCAUUACCAGGAGUUACACAAAAUGAUUAUUAUGAAUAUCAAUAUGCAGGUAAAACCUAUUCAAUCAAACUUGGAUCAUUCAAAUAUACUUUAAAUAUUUCAGAAUGGGAUUUCCAAUCAAGAUUGAAUACUUUGGAGGUAUCAAGUAUGAUUACAACACCAAUCGGUGGAAGUUGUAAUCCUCAAAUGAAUAUAUCUCUCAUUAAUUCCGGUGAUAUCAAUUUAUUUGACAUUGGAGAUGGAAAUGGUAAUUCUGUUUUUGGAAGAUUGAUCAACAUAGUAUUAUUGGAUGAUAUUCCGAGAUCAAUUUCACACCGAACAAUUGAAAACAUUGCCAAUCAAAGUGUAUCAAUUGUUUCCAUGAUUCCGUAUUUCGAAUCAACUCUGUUUGUCGAUCCUGAUUUCUCAAAUUUAAUCACUGUCAAUGGUAAAGUAUCUUGCCCUUCUAGUAAAGAUAACAAAUGGAAGAUCAUUGUAGGUGUUGUUGUCGGAGGUACUGUUGGUAUAGCCUUAAUUGCUGGUUCUUCAUAUUAUUUUUAUAAAAAGAAAAUAAUGCAAAAAGAAAACAAAAAAUUGCAAAACAAAUUAAAUAAUAUGAAAUAA